AUGGCUGCCCGCACUCCCCGCGCUGCUGCAGCCGCCGCCGCUGCUUCCUCCUUGCUCUCGCCAACCCCCCGAGCCCUCGGCAGUACCGGCACCCCUGUGCUCGCUGAGUGCCCCGGCAAUGACGAUGAGAGUGAGAGGCGCCAGCGCCGCCGCUCCAGGGCCGUGGACUCAUCGCUGCAGGGCCUCGGCUCACCCUCGCUCAGGGCUGAGGAGGAGCCCGGGCACCGACACCGCUGGGCACGGGCCGAGGGGAACGCGGUCACCGACACCGCUGGGUCGGGGCUGAGGGGCUCGGUUGCUGACCCCGCUGUGUCCCGCAGGCCCGAGGGCUGGCAGCCGCCGCUGUCCCAGUGGAGCAAUGCGCAGAUCUCGGAGCACUACAGCACCUGCAUCAAGCUCUCCACCGAGAAUAAAAUCACCACCAAAAACGCCUUUGGGCUGCACCUGAUCGAUUACAUGACUGACAUCCUGAAGCAGAAGAACUCGGAGCUCACCAACUUCCAGAUGGCAGCUGGGACUCUGGAUGCCAGCGCCAAGAUCUACGCCGUGCGCGUGGAUUCUGUCCACGCUGACGCCUUCAAGGUCCUGAGCCACCUGGGCAAGGAGCACCCCCCUGCCAGGGACCUGGACAGCCCCGAGGAAGGCUCCAGCCCGGGCCCUGAGGCUGCCAGGAAAGAAGCAAAGCCAAAGAAGAAGCAAAGCUUCAAAACCAUCGAGCAGAACCUGAGCAACAUCAACGUGUCCGAGGCCAAUCGCAGGCACGAGGUGGAUCCCAUGUUCCAGAGAGCAGCCGCCUCCUUUGACGAGUGCAGCACUGCUGGGAUUUUCCUGACAGGGCUGCGCUCCCAGAGCUUCCAGAGCCGCCUCCUUUUCCACUCGGAGAUUGUCCCGCUGUCCUCCUCGGAGAGCCUGGCCCUGCCCAGCUCCGACCCUGUCCCUGUGGCCGGGCUCAAAGCCCUGCUGGCCCCGUGCCUGGAAAAACGCCGGAUCUGCUCCUCCCUGGCCGGAUUCCAGUUCACCAAGUGGGAUGAGGAGACCCACAACGAGUCGGUGUCGGCGCUGCUGGAGAAGUUCCGCAGGAGCGAGCAGGCGUUCGAUCCCAACCUGGAUCCCGACAGCGACGACGGGGAGGGCUGGGGCCCCUCCCAGCUGGAAUUCCCACCGGAUUCCCCGGAUGGAGACAGGAGCCCAGAACUGCAGGAGAGCAGCAAGAGGCCCGAGGGAGCUCCCUUUGGUGCGGGGGACAUCGGCACGCUGAGCCUGCACGUGUCCCUGAAUCCCGGAGAAUAUUCCUACUUCAGCCCCCGCACCCUCGCUAUGUGGGCCGGCCCCGAGCACUGGCGCUUCCGGCCCCGCCCACACCCAGCCUCGGGCCUGGACAAGGAUUCCCGGCGGAGGAUUCCCAAGAAGGUUUUCGAGUUGGAUUUCCAGGAGGACAUCGACUUCCAGGCCCAUUUCCGUAAGACCAAGGCAUCCAUAACUUUGGCCAAAUCCAUCCUGGAAAACCAAAAUCUCCGGAGCACCACACUCCCUGCAGACUUCAACUACGAGCCCCAGAACCUGGGGCAGCUCUUCCUGAAACCCUUGGUCAAGCUCAGCCGGAGCUCGGAUCCAGUGGAAGCCUUGGAUACGGAGGCUGGGAUUGAGGACUACGACUACAACAACCCCAACGACACCUCCAACUUCUGCCCUGCCCUGCAGGUCCCUGACAGCGAUGAUGAUCCCGAUGCCAACCCUGCAGAAUUCCCGAGCCAGCUCCCGGCUCCUCCAGAGCUCUCCAUGAUCAACGGGGGGAACGUCCCGGGCUGUGGGGAGCUGGAGCUCAUUGCUGAACCCCAGAAGAUCCAUAAAAUCCACAUCCAGUACGCCAAGACAGCCAAGAGGAUGGACAUGAGGCGGCUCAAGAGGAACAUGUGGGAGCUGCUGACGGAGCAGGGAGCAGCAGCGGAGGGGGAGGAUCCUGGGGAAGGGACGGACUUGGAAGUGGCUGGAGAGAAAGUCCUGAGUGACCUCACCAAGGAUCUGCUCCACAGGCUCCCUCCUGCCAUGGCCACCGACCUGUCAGUGCCCCUGGCCUUCGUGUGCCUCCUGCACCUGGCCAACGAGAAGCCCCGCUUACGCUGCGGCUUCAGGACCUCAACUCCCAGCGUGCCCCUCGCGGGGGGCGGGGUCGGGUGGCGCGGAUGUCCAAUAGGAGAAGGGGCGUGUUGGCUCAAGCCAAUAGGCAGCGAGGGGGCGUGUCCUCCCCGCCCCCGGGCACGCCCCGCGGUCACGUGGCGCGGGCGUGGCCGGUGA